AAGACGGGAAAAUGGCUGCCAGCUCUUCUGUAGUCCCGGUGGCAGUGUCGGCUGCUGUGGUCCCCGCCCUGUCAUCGAGCGGCGAUUUCUCAAAUUUGCGGGAAAUUAAAAAGCAGCUGCUACUUAUCGCGGGCCUUACCCGGGAGCGGGGCCUACUGCACAGUAGCAAAUGGUCUGCGGAGUUGGCCUUCUCCCUCCCGGCGUUGCCUCUGUCCGAGCUGCAGCCGCCGCCGCCUAUUACAGAGGAGGAUGCUCAGGAUAUGGAUGCUUACACCCUGGCCAAGGCCUACUUUGACGUUAAAGAGUAUGAUCGGGCAGCACAUUUCCUGCAUGGCUGCAAUAGCAAGAAAGCCUAUUUCCUGUACAUGUAUUCUAGAUAUCUGUCUGGAGAAAAGAAGAAGGAUGAUGAAACAGUUGAUAGCCUAGGCCCACUGGAGAAAGGUCAAGUGAAAAAUGAGGCUCUCAGAGAAUUGAGAGUGGAGCUCAGCAAAAAACACCAGGCUCGGGAACUUGAUGGAUUUGGCCUUUAUCUGUAUGGUGUGGUGCUUCGAAAGCUGGACUUGGUGAAAGAGGCCAUUGAUGUGUUUGUGGAGGCUACUCAUGUUUUGCCUUUGCAUUGGGGAGCCUGGCUAGAGCUCUGUAACUUGAUUACAGACAAGGAGAUGCUGAAGUUCCUGUCUUUGCCAGACACCUGGAUGAAAGAGUUUUUUCUGGCUCAUAUAUACACAGAGUUGCAGUUGAUAGAGGAGGCCCUGCAAAAGUAUCAGAAUCUCAUUGAUGUGGGCUUCUCUAAGAGCUCAUAUAUUGUUUCCCAAAUUGCAGUUGCCUAUCACAAUAUCAGAGAUAUCGACAAAGCCCUCUCUAUUUUUAAUGAGCUAAGGAAACAAGACCCUUACAGGAUUGAAAAUAUGGACACAUUCUCCAACCUUCUUUAUGUCAGGAGCAUGAAAUCUGAGUUGAGUUAUCUGGCUCACAACCUCUGUGAGAUUGAUAAAUAUCGUGUAGAAACAUGCUGUGUAAUUGGCAAUUAUUAUAGUUUGCGUUCUCAGCAUGAGAAAGCAGCCUUGUAUUUCCAGAGAGCACUGAAAUUGAAUCCUCGGUAUCUUGGUGCCUGGACGCUGAUGGGACAUGAGUACAUGGAAAUGAAGAACACAUCUGCUGCUAUUCAGGCUUAUAGGCAUGCUAUUGAGGUCAAUAAGCGGGACUACAGAGCCUGGUAUGGCCUUGGGCAGACCUAUGAAAUCCUUAAGAUGCCAUUUUAUUGCCUUUAUUAUUAUAGACGGGCCCACCAGCUUCGGCCCAAUGAUUCUCGUAUGCUGGUCGCUUUAGGAGAAUGUUAUGAGAAACUCAAUCAACUAGUCGAAGCCAAAAAGUGCUAUUGGAGAGCUUAUGCCGUGGGAGAUGUGGAAAAGAUGGCUCUGGUGAAACUGGCAAAGCUUCAUGAACAGUUGACUGAGUCAGAACAGGCAGCCCAAUGUUACAUCAAAUAUAUCCAAGAUAUCUAUUCGUGUGGGGAAAUAGUGGAACACUUGGAGGAGAGCACUGCUUUCCGCUAUCUGGCCCAGUAUUAUUUUAAGUGCAAGCUGUGGGAUGAAGCUUCAGCUUGUGCCCAAAAGUGCUGUGCAUUCAAUGAUACCCGGGAAGAAGGUAAGGCCUUGCUCCGGCAAAUCCUACAGCUUCGGAACCAAGGCGAGACUCCCUCCACCGAGAUGCCUGCUCCCUUUUUCCUCCCUGCUUCACUGUCUGCUAACAACACUCCCACACGCAGAGUUUCUCCACUCAACCUGUCUUCAGUCACACCAUAGUUGGCUACUUUCAAGCCAGCACAUUGCCAGACCCAUAUUAAGCCUUACCUCCAUGUAAAGAACAGCCACGUCUAUUCUUCCAAGGACCUUAGUUCCUUUUGUUUGUACACAUGGAAACAGCUCCUUGGGGAGUUUAUAGAAUCACCUGCACAGUAGACUGACAGAAGAAUCCUGGCAGGAACAGAUACUGUCUUUGCCAGUUUGAAGCACUUCUAUCUCCCUUCUGUUCAGAGUGGCUAUAGAUCUUGGCCUUUUUCCCCAGACCUUUUUGCCCCCCAAAACAUCCCUUUAACAGCACUUUAGCACAGGCAAGGCUACAGGGACAAAGUUUAAAUGCUGCUGGGAGUGGGAGAUUUCUUUAGAGAGGCAAGGAAGAAAGAAGGGAGAAAAGCUUGCAACUCUACCCUCUGCUGAUAGUAGGGCACUGGAUACCCUAGGAAGGUCAGGGCACUGGAUAGACAUGACUCAUCAUUCUUUGAUUUGCUGAGCAUGACUAUUCUGAUAUCAGAGAUUAGGUUUAAAUGGGGUGAAGGUAUACUUUUGUUCUUCUGCCGGUUUUUUUUUUUU